GCAGUGUUGUGAUUUGAGUUUAGUGGCUUGCGUUUUUGACAAGUUUGGUUCCUGAUUACAUCCGAAACCGAACGUAUACGGAUGUAAGUCUGCAAUUUAACAUGAGUGAUCCUUCAAAAGAAGAUCAGCAAGAAGCUGCCGAAAGAAUAACUUCACGCGUUCGGAAUUCAAAGAGCAGUCGUAGAUAUUCAUUUUCAGUGUCUUUCCCGGCUGAGGAAAACCAGCUGAUCACCGGUUAUUUAGAACCGCCAAAUCCAUGGCAAUAUGCUGAGAAUAUAACUCGUAAGGAUGUUGUCGACGCAUACAAGCUAUCUUGUUGUAAGCAUGGUGUUCAGCCAUUACCUGCCGUUCUAAAGGUUUUGGAGGAAAUUGAUUUGGAUAUUGGUCGCAAUGAAAUUCUUGACUUAGCAGGUGAGCAAUUAGUUUGGGGCCACUGUGAAAGCUUGGAGGAAGUCCUAAAGCGUGUCCAAUUCAAGCAUAUUAACUUGGAAGCAACAUCUCUUGAUGAUGAGGGGUCAGUUGCAUUAUUUGACAUGGUAGAAUAUUAUGAGGCAGCUGUUCAUUUGAACAUAUCUUCCAACCCCAAUAUUGGUGUUCGAGGAUGGCAGGCAUGUUCACGUAUGAUCAAGAAGACCCUGUGCCUAGAGCAGCUUGAGGCGAGGAACUUAACAUUAAAUGAACAGUUCAUGCCUAUACUUAGCCGAGCCCUACGAAUUGGCACUCAGUUGCAGGUGCUGAAGCUGGAAAACUGUGGUCUUGCUGGACGACCCACUGUUAUUCUUACUUCUGCUCUGAAAUUAAACAGUGCUCUGAAAGAAUUGUAUUUGGCUGACAACAAUCUUGGCCCAACAGAUGCUAUACAGAUUGGUGCCCUGCUUCGUGCAAAUGAAACCCUUCAAUUACUUGAUAUUAGUAACAACAACAUUCAAGAUGCCGGCCUUUGCCAUAUAGCUGAUGGACUAGCUGAACAGCCAUCUGGGGCGGGACUCUGCAUUCUUGUGAUAUGGAACAACCAUUUAACAACUAAUGCUUCAAAGCACCUUGCAAGGCUGCUGUCUCACAGUAAAACAUUGGAAACACUGAAUGUAGGCCAUAACACACUAAGCAGUGAAUGCCUGCAUAUUAUAAAGGAGCCACUUCAGCAGAACCGUAGUUUGUUACGUUUGGGUAUGCAGUCAACACACCUCUCAUGUGAGGGUGUCAUAGCUUUGGCAGAAUGCAUCGCAGAUAAUAAUGUUAUUCAGCGGAUUGAUCUCAGAGAUAACAACAUUCAACUAGCUGGCCUUUUAGCACUUACGCACUCCUUGAAAGUUAAUCACAGUGUAACGCAAGUGGAUCUGGAUGACAGACCAAAGAAAAAGAUGGAAGAUGACGAUAAACAAUAUGAACAACUGGUGGCUGAAGUGCGUAGAUUCUGCACUCGUAAUCAAGAGCAAGCAUCGGAACAUCAAGACACAGUUGGAGCUGAAGUGCCAGAGCGUCGACUACGUAUUCCAAAAUCUGUUUCUCGAAAAAUCUCGUUAACCUGUGAAACAUUGAUGCGGAAUGUGGAAACAGCUAAUCACCAGCAGCCACAGCCACAUCACCUCUUGCCAGAAACGCGACCACGUGGAGGUGGUGGUCGUCUACGCAGCCCUGCUCCAUCUCCAAGCCCUAGUCCUGUCUCGAGUCCUAUCCCUAGUCCAUCUCGGAAUCGCUUCCAGGUCUCAAGAGUAUCCGAGAUGUCUUCACCGACAACUUUCUUCGAAGUAUCAUCAUCUCCAUCAUCAUGUCCAGUAACAGCAUCACCAUCUGCAUCAUCAUCCCGGUUCCAGGUGACUUCUGUUGAACCAAGUGUUUUAAAUCCAGAUAUAAACAGGAGGAUUGGGAGGACUGUCACACCUGGCUUUUCUUUCAAGUUGAAUGACAAUGAUGUAUCUCCAAAUAACCAUUUAGAAAUGUCAGAUGAAUCUAAGAAAUCAGAAACACCUUUGAAGCCAUCUGUAGGCGGCCUCACGGAUGAAAGUGCUGCCCUUAGAGCAAGUGAAUUGUCUGGCUCAUCAUUAUCGUCAUCAAUAAUUACAGGUGAUGCAACCCAGAGUUCUCCAGGUAUGCCGACUCAACUCAUCGAUACAUCCAAAAUAUCUCAGAACAUUGCAAAACAAAUGCAAAGUUUGUCCAGUUGUGCAAGUUUACUGUCAUUAGCUUCUGACACUUCUGAAGAUAAUGAUGACAUGGAGGUUAGGAGACUUAUGGAUCCAGAAAGUUUCACUGAAAAGCAUAAUCAACUUGUAACAGAUAUCCAAAGUAAUUCUUCUCUUCAGAGCACAAAUUUUGAAAUUCCAGUUCCAAAAGUGACAACCCAUUCAGAUGGAGGAGUUACAGUCAGUUCUAAUCCAACAAAUGAAACUCAUUCAAAUAGUUCGAAAUUAGUUAGUAGGUUUGGACAUAGCACAGUUCCUCAACCACAAAGAAAGAUUUCAUGGGUUGCACCACCAGACAUCCAUGUCAGUGACCAAAAAGCAACUUCCAAUUUAGAAAAGCUUAUGGGAUUGUUUCAACAACCAGGCAGCUUCUUCAACAAAUCCCAGCCUCAGUACAAAGCAACAGCUGCUAUCAUAAAUCAACAGCCUACAUCAAAUAGUGAUGCAGCAUUUCUUUUGACUGCAGGGCCAUUGGCUAAUGCAGUUAAAGAUGCAAUGCUUCAGAAAUCUGGAAAGCUAAUCCCAGAAGGUCCCGAAGUUAGAGCGUCACAAUCUCCAGUGCCAGAUUUCAUCAAUAACAAUAAAACUGGAGAAGCCAAGGUUAGUGAAUGUGAUGAUAAAAAGGAAAUUUCACCAGUAUCAUAUGAGAAAGGCAACCAGCCGAGAAUAAGGCAUCAUGAGGAUGAAAAUUUUAAUCUAGCCAAACCUUGCCUACCAGUUGUUACAGGUGAGGAUGAUCGUGAUAAUGAUGAUGAUGAUGAUGAUUGUGAUACCCGAAUGUGGUGUCCCGUAACAUCAGUCUGUGGCAGUGGUAUUAAAUUGUGGGAUUCAGCUGAUGUAGAUUUCAGUCAAAGUGCUUGUGGUUUUCAGUGUGGAAAUUUGAGUGUGAUUGAUGAUGCACGGACAGUGAUGAAACUUCAUGUGAACGAAGUUGGAUCUCCUGCAGCUGGUGAAAAAAGUGACAGUGAUUGCCAUAGUCCAUUUUCUUUCGAAGAAUCGUGUAAUCUUGUAAAAUCACCUGAAAAUGUUGAGACUACUGACCCUGAUCUGAGACAGGCUCAACUAGUUGAUAAAGCUAAUAACUUAAGUAGUGCAAGAGAUGAUGAUGAGAUAACUGUGGUACCUGACUGAAUAACUCAUUUCUGUAAAUCCUUUUUGCAGGCACUUCAUGUGUAUUUCUCAUUUGUGGAAUCACCAGUAUUUUUCAAGUGUUCUUGGUUAAACCAGAGCUCUAAAUUUCAUUUAUAUAUUAAAUAAUACCCUACUUCCUCUUCAUUUCCUCUCUUCAGGUAUUCCAGUUGUCAUUGUGAGUCUCUCCCCAGUUGUUGCAUAUAUAUAUAUAUACAUUCAUUGUAAUUUUUAUAAUUUUGAACAUUGUUACAUAUUUUCUCUGUCAUGACGUAAUGGUUGAAAAACAGAGAAGUAUCUUCCAUUAAACUAAAAUCUUAGCUUCAUUGUGAAAACAAUUUAUAAGAAUGGACACUACUAGAGUUUGAAAGCAUAAGUGACAAAUGCAUAUUCUUUGUGUUUUUAUGACUGUUAUGUUGCAUUUCAGUGUACCUUUGACUUACAUUGUCAGUUCACAGAGUAUUACCUUCGUGGAAACAUCUAGAGAGUGGAAGUGUUGCAAGUAUCGUCUCAAAAGUAAAUUGGUUCUUUAGAACCUUGAAAAUAGAAGUGGACCCUCAUUCAUCAGAUAAAUGCAGGACACCAAGGCAGAGAAAUGCUUACCUGAAAUAAAGAAUGUAAUUAACUGUAGUUAGCAGCUGUUUCACUAGAUGACAAAUUUGUUGUGUUUAGGGUGGAUUUAUGGGAUCGAGGUUGAGGAAACAUACAGCUACAGUGCUAGAUUAAUUGUUUCUUCAACUGGUGAUGUAUACACCUGUUCUGGAGUGCAGACUAUUCGUAGCCUGUACAUUAGAGCAGAUGUCAUAAGUACCACUCACAUACUAUUUACCAGAAUAUUUAAUUAAAGCAAUGAGUUAAUGUAUACUUGUAAUUGGUUAUAGACAGAUAACUAUUUAAGAAGGUCAUUAAUGUGUGUCAUUACAAAAUCCAGUAAAUUUACAGCUUCAUACUCCUUCUAUUAAUUAAAUACUGAUCUGUCUCUCUGUUAGGGGCAGUUAUCGUAUUGUAUGUUUGCAAUUCAGCACAUUAUUUUUGUAUGUGAUUCAUUGCUGAAUGUCAGAAGUAUAUCACUAAAUCUCUCUCUCUUUGGAAAAUAAUUAGAGUGUAUUUCAGCUGGUUCUAUCUGGUAAUAUAGAACUGAUUUAGAAUUUGUAUGGU